AUGACUCCAUUUAUUUGGUUAUUCAUCGCAUUCGUUCUUUAUCGCCUUUACCGUAUUAUUUACAACCUGUACCUCCACCCUCUUGCCAAAGUGCCAGGACCCAAGCUAUACGCCAUAUCCUGGAUCCCACGUCUCUGGCGGCAGCACGUAAAAGGCGCUCACCACAAGGACCUUAUUGAUUUACACGAAAAAUAUGGCACUAGCGUGCGAGUCGGACCAGACGAGGUUUCAAACGCAUCCCCGGAAGCUUGGGAAGCCAUCGGAGGCGGUUCGGUACAGUUUAUGCGUGACCCCAACUUUUUCACCGUUUCGCAACUGCAACCAACCGGCAACAAAAGUUUUAUAUCCCUUGAAAAGGUCGAACACCACGCGAUUCGUCGCCUGCUGUUGCCGGCCUUUUCCAAUAAGACCUACGUAAAGCAUGAACUUCUCGUCAACGAAUGGUUAGACAAGCUUUUGGGCCAUAUCGCGGCUCGGCAGGUUGGUGAGCCCAUGAACAUCGACCGUCUCUUCACCUGGUUUACUUUUGACGUGAUGGGCGCCCUCAGCUUUGGCGAGAAUUUCGGCUGUCUUGACGGCGAGAAGGACCAUCCGUAUCUGCGAGCCGCCGAGUUGGGCGCUCCUUUCCUUUCAUGGAUGCAGGUUAUUCUGCGGUACAGAAUCACCCGUGGCUUUUACAACAUCGCCUUGCGGCUGCCAUGGAUGCGUCUCUGGAACACACUGCGGGAAAUGUCGGACUCUUUCGGGGCGCGAUGGAUUAGGGAAAUCCACGACGAGAAGCGCGACGAUAUCAUGGCCACCGUAUACCGCGGCAUGAAGGGCACCAAAGAUCCAGUCACUUAUUACGAAGCCCUCGACGUAGCGUCCAUCUUGACACUUUCGGGCGGGGAGGCCACCCCCAUCCUUAUGACGGCUAUGAUGUGGAAUCUCCUAAAUACGCCACGCUGCUACGAACGCCUUCGAAAUGAUGUCCGUGAGUCUGGUAUUUUCAACAGUCGAGCCGACAUCACUGCUGCCAACGUGGAGAAGAUUCCGUACAUGGAGGCCGUGAUGAAGGAGAGUCUUCGGCUGGAUACGCCUUUUGCUACCACCAUACCGCGCAUUGUUCCGCCUGGAGGCGCGUGGGUGGACGGCUUUUGGUUGCCUGAAGGUACCACCUGUGGAGUACCUCAUUAUUGCGCUGGUCACUGGAAGUUCAACUUCAAGGACCCAGAGAGCUUUGUCCCCGAGCGUUGGAUCCCCGAAGAGCGUGAUCCCAAAUAUGACCAAGACAUCAGAGGCGCGUUUCGCCCAUUUGCCAAAGGCAGUUUGGACUGCAUUGGACAACGUUUUGUUCGACACGAGGUAGGCAUGGCUUUUGCAGCCCUACUCUGGCAUUUUGAUUUCGAGAUUGCGCCGCAGUCUCUUGAUUGGAAGACGGCCAAUGGGGCCGACCAUAUCCGCAUCAUCCGGAAAAAAAGGCCAUUGUGGGUAAAGGCAAGCCCAAGGAAGGAAUUUCACUAG